UUCUUUCGCUGUCAGAGUCAGACAGAAGAUAAAAGAGUUUCAAGUUUUAAUGGCGACUGAAGAAACUAAUAAUACACAGGGCCUUCCUCAACAAUCUUCUCUUCCAGACUACCCUCAGAUGAUUUUGGAAGCGAUAGAGGCAUUGAACGAGAAAGCGGGGUCGAAUAAGUCAGCAAUCGCGAAGCACAUCGAGUCGACUCACUCAGAUCUCCCAGCGGCUCAGUCCACUCUGCUUUCCCACCACCUCAACAAGAUGAAACAAAGCGGUCAAAUUGUUAUGUUGAAGAACAAUUACUCGAAACCCGACCCCAAUGCUCCACCCAAGCGUGGACGAGGGCGUCCACCUAAACCCAAGGUUCCUCUUCCACCUGGUACCGUCGUCUCCCCACCUAGGCCUCGUGGUCGUCCGCCUAAGCCCAAAGAUCCAUUUGCUCCACCUAAGCCUAAAACCUCCAUCGGUACUGGAAGGCCACGUGGACGCCCCCCUAAGAAGGCAAAGACUGGUUCCAUCACUGCUCCUUCACCUACCGGCGUUAAGCGAGGUCGAGGUCGGCCGCCGAAAGUGUAACCGUCGGUGGGUUUUCAACUAUAGUGAAGCUUAAACAAAGAGAGAAAAAGAGGGAGUUAGCUAGGUUUUUUUUUUUUUUUCCCCUUUUUAACUUUAAUUUUUA